UCCCGUUGGUGUUUUGCCUUGUUUUGUACAAUUGGCCUUGUAUUGACAGUAAACAAUGUCGAAACAAUAGCUUGUAUAAUUUACUUACUUUUGUUACAAACUAUCGUUACGCAACAGGAGAAUGGAGUAUUGUUCAAAUGUCUCUACUCUGUGUAGUUGAUACCACAAAAAGAGCCAAUUAAAACCCCUAUAAUAUACACUUACUGCCUGCUGUUUGAGAUCCGAAGUUAAAAGUCCAAAUAUCUCUCCAUUUUGUUUGAGCUCGCACGCCUUUCUGUGUAGGAAAAAUGUAGUUUUCAGGGUAGGUCUACAGGUAGAAAGAUAGACCGCCACCAAGCCGACGGGGGAGGAAGGCGGAAGUCAGGAUUCACAGGUGCACUACAGCUGCGUUUAUGAACAAUAUUGACAGAACAUUUGAUCUUCGGAGGAAGCAUGCUGUGCGCCGCUGCUCUGCGGAACCUGCGGAGCUUCACUUCACCUGUGCGGUGCUGUUUGCGGUCCAUAGUCACUUAUGUUCAGGGCCAGAGCCCCGAACCUCGCAUCCGUGAAUACUUUUAUUAUAUUGACCACCAAGGACAGCUGUUCCUUGAUGACACGAAAGUGAAGAACUUUGUGACUUGCUUUAAAGACCAGAAGUUCUUGGUGUUCUUCUUCAGCCGACUGCGUAGCAACCAGGGCGGCCGCUACAGUGAACACUUCCCCUUCCUGUCGCUGUGCGGACGCGAGAGGAACUUUGUGCGCUGCGACGACCGGCCCCUGGUCUUCACACACCUGCUGCCGCCCCCGACGGACGAGCUGGCCCCGGGGCCGGGCCCCGAUAUGCUGUCGUACUGCGGGGGAGGUGAGCAGCUCAGCGCACUGUUCCGCCCGGAGGCCCUCUACAUGCACCCGGCCAGUGGACGUGUCUAUCACCCCUGUCCGGAGCUGGCUGGAGGGGUGGGCCUGGUUCGGUCGGCCCUGGCUAUCGAGCUCAGCCCCUUCUUCCUCUACGAGCAGCAUGGCCAAGAGGAGCAGCCAACGCACUUCCUGUGGGCGGGGGGUCGGCAUGUACUGACCAAUGAGCUGGCCAUGUUCUUCCCCAGGGAGGAGGGGCAGCGCAGCGGGUGAACAAAAAGAAA